AUGAGUGAAGAGGAAGAGGAUAGUCCAGACACCUCAGAGGCUGUGCCAGAUCCCAAGAAUGUGCCCAUAGAUGCUCUAGAUGAGGAUGUGGCUAUGUUGGUCAGUUUCCUGCUGCUCAAGUAUCGAAUGAAAGAGCCAAUAACAAAGGCAGAUAUGUUGAAGAUUGUCACCAACAAGUGUGAAGUCCACUUCCCUGGGAUUCUCCUGAGAGCCUCUGAGCGCAUGGAGAUGAUCUUUGGCCUUGAUCUAGUGGAAGUGGAUCCCACCAACCACCGCUAUGACCUCUUCAUCAAAUUGGGCCUCACCUAUGAUGGGAUGCUGCACAGUGAAGUGGGCGUGCCGAAGACUGGCAUCCUGAUACUUGUCCUGGGCGUGAUCUUCAUGAAGGGCAACCGUGCCACCGAAGACGAGGUCUGGGAAGUUCUGAAUUUGACAGGAAUAUAUUCUGGGAGGAAGCACUACAUCUUUGGAGAGCCCAGGAAGCUCAUCACCAAAGAUUUUGUGAAAGAAAAAUACCUGGAGUACCGCCAGGUGGCCAACACUGAUCCUGCACAAUUUGAGUUCCUGUGGGGCCCAAGAGCCCACGCAGAAACCACCAAGAUGAAGGUCCUGGAGUUUGUCGCCAAGGUUCAUGGGACUGACCCAAGCUCUUUCCCACCUCAGUAUGAGGAGGCUUUGCAAGAUGAAGAAGAGAGAGCCAGAGCCAGUAUUUCAGGCAGGGCUGUCUCUCCUUCCGAGGCCACUGCAAGUUCCAGUGCCAAGGCUAGCAGCUUCUCCCACACCUAGGGGAGUCGGGGGUGGUUUCUUCAUGCAUUGAUGGAAGAGGCGGUUAGUGUUUGUAGAAUUUAGGUCUCAGGUGUGG